AUGUUGAUGGUUUUCAUAUCUCCAGACAAUUUGAAGAAAAAUCCUUCUCUGAAGGUAAAGGAGGCUUCAAGUGAUGGCAGAUCCAAUCAGAUUGCAGCCCAUACUUUUGCAUUUCGGGAAUUGGCUGCUGCAACCAAAAAUUUUAGGGGCGAUUGUCUACUUGGAGAGGGAGGUUUUGGCAGAGUUUAUAAAGGGAGACUGGAAAGCACUAAUCAGAUUGUCGCAAUCAAGCAACUUGAUCGUAAUGGAUUGCAGGGGAACAGGGAGUUCCUUGUUGAAGUGCUGAUGUUAAGUUUGCUUCACCAUCCCAAUCUUGUUAAUCUGAUAGGUUAUUGUGCUGAUGGUGAUCAGAGACUUUUGGUUUAUGAAUAUAUGCCGCUUGGGUCUUUAGAGGACCAUCUUCAUGUGCAGGCAAGACCUUUAUUUAGAGAUCGAAGUAAAUUACCCCAGAUGGCUGACCCCAUGCUUCAAGGCCAAUACCCUGCAAGGGGCUUGUACCAAGCUCUUGCAAUUGCAUCAAUGUGUGUUCAGGAGCAGCCAACAAUGCGCCCAGUCAUAGCUGACGUGGUAACAGCUCUGAAUUACCUGGCCUUACAGAAGUAUGAUCCUGAAACCCAGCCUAUUCAAAGCUCCUCCCAUUGGGCCCCUUUGACUCCUCCUAGGACAAGGAGAGAAGGUGAUAGAAAACCCAAUGCUGGUGGCAGAUACGAAAAAUAUCAAACUAAGAAGUUAUAUUGA